UAGAAAUAUUCUUAUCUUGGGGAUGUACCGAAAAUUUUCCAAGAUUUUUGUUUUCAUAUACAUUUUUAUUUAUUUAUAAUAGUGAAAGAUUAUUGUAAUCAUGAUAACAGUUCGGGAAUUUAAUCAGACAAAUGAUACAGACACGCACACAAAAGAUGGAGAUAUUAAGAAAUAUGCAGCUGUGGACUCAAACAAAUUAGCUGUCAUGCACGUUGUCCCAUCACCACAAACAGUAGCAAUGGUACCGCUUAAAAAAUUAACUGUGUUAAAACAACUGAAACCAAUCGAUGGAAUACAAACAAAAGAUAAACAACAACGAUCAUCAAUUGCAGUAGCGGGGAAAGCAGAAGUAUACCAACAACGUAAACGUAUGCUGCCAGAAUAUAAAGAAUUAUUUGCAGCUUUAAUGAGACUUCCCGACAAGGAAAUGCAAAAGAAAUUAUUAGCUGUUAUUAACAAUCAUUCUAUUCAACACAGAACGAUUGAGACGCAAACAGAUCCUGCUGACAUCAAAGAGUCAACAAAUAUAAAACAGGAGGCAAUAUCACCGAAACCUGGUUCUAAUGGCAUUGUAUCAACAAACACUAAUGGUAGUGGUAAUGACACACCAAAGAGUAAAGACUCUAGUAUAUCUGGAGAGGCAGUGAAAAAAAGAAAACGAAAACGUAAGGUUUCCUUACCGCAAGCCAAUAAAGAAUCCCGCGCAAAACAAUUAGCGAAAAUGAACAAACCUAAAACGUCUACAGCAAAUAAUGGGGUCAUUGUUACAACGCCUUCCACACUUGAGCAGCAUGAAUUAAAAUCUCAAAAGCGUCAACGUAUCGAUUCUUUCUCUAUUUCAGAAUGUAGUUCGGAUGUUGCAAAUAUAUAUGAAGAUACUGAAACAAAUCUGAUAAGGGCAAUUGAACAAUCUGGUAAUCGGUUAGAUAACGGUCUGCUGCCCAUUCAGGAUGCUGUUGUUAAGAAUCAAACAAAUAAAUUAAACGUUCAUAUUGGGAUAUAUCAAGUUUACAGGUGUACAGAUCUUAAUGAGAUAUUGACCGAAGAGGACGAGGACUUAUUACAACUGGCCGUAAUUAACAUGUGCGAUCCUUCAAUUGUAAGCUUAUUAUUGGAAAAAGGAUUAAAUCCGGAUAGUUUAGAUGCCGACUCAAAUACUAUUAUACAUUUAGCCAUAUUAAAUGACAUAGCCGUCAAAUCACUAGAACAUUUAAUGAAGCGUAUAGAAUCGAAAUUACUGCUUACGUUAAAUGAUGAAGGCUAUACGCCAUUACAUCUGGCCAUAAGACAAGAUCGUUACUUAUUAGCUGAAUGUAUGAUAAAUGUCUUAGAUGAACGUCUUGUGAAUAAAGUAUUUUACAAGCGGCAACUGGAUGAACUAGAAACAGAUGAAAGUGUGUUGAAAAAACAAUUUAAAGAUUACUAUGAAAAGGUAUGCUUACAAAUGGACUUUGACGAAGAAACAAAUACAAGUAUAAUAGAUAAUCACGAAUUAAAACAAAAACUAUUACAAGCCGGAGAUCGCCGAAGUGGGAAUACAGUGUUAUAUUUUGCAAUAGAUAAUAAAUUUGAACAUUUAAUUUAUUUUCUAUUAGCACAUUUAACAGAUCCACGUACAGAAAAUUUAAGUGGUCUGGACUGUAAAACAUAUUUUAGUGAAUAUGGCAAAUCAUUAAAUUUAAGUUUAAAUAUUGAUAAUACUAUGGAAAAGGUAAUAAAGUUAUUGUCGUAGAAAA